AGAAGAAGACGAAGAGUCGAAGACGAAGCCCAGCCACCCCAAACCAUCGACCUCGAAGCCUUCACAUUUCCGCCGAUCUCCACCCGAAUUCUGGAUGAACCCGACGGGGAGUCGGUGGAAUUAGCCGCCGGAGGAUCGACCGAUUCGACGGGAGGGAGAAAUCGAGGCGAACAGGAGGGAAAGGAGGUGAAAUAAGGGGGAGAAGUUGGGUGGGAAGAGUGUCGGGUGGUCGGUCUCGGGGGUCGCCAUUGUACGAAGAGGAGGAGGAGGUGAAAAGGUGCUAUGUUUCCACGGACCCUUGAUUUACGAGGCUAAGUGUCUGCGCGUUCAAGUCAAGGACAAACAAAUAAAGUAUUUUAUCCACUAUGCGGGCUGGAAUAAAAACUGGGACGAGUGGGUUCCGGAGAGUCGUGUCUUGAAGCUCAACGACGCCAACAUCAGCCGACAGAAGGACCUACAGAAAGCCCAUGAGGCGUCUUUAAAAAAUAAGAAGACAAAGAAAGCCUUAGAAAGGAAAAAGGGAACGGGUGGCCCCACCGGCGCCGGAUCAGGAAACACCAGCAGUGGGGGCGGAGAUGACUCUAGAUCUUCCACUCCAUCUAGCAGCGGGCCGGGGAAACGCUCUGCAGCCUCCACCCCGACCAACUCCAGCUCCGUCAGAGACGAUUCGGAGGCGCGGAGGAAACGGUCUAAGUUAGACCCGUCCGUUGAAUCACUGCAGACAAUUUGCUCUAUGGAAACCUGCCUAAGCGGAGCAGCUCAAGAUCGAGAUGUCAUUUCACGGACUGUAGAUAACGAGGAACAGUUCAUGACGACCGUUGAAGUCCGCGUCAAGUUACCGGACGAGUUGAAGCCUGCGCUCGUCGAUGACUGGGACCUCAUUAACCGUCAGCGCAAGCUCCCCAUCAUUCCAGCUCGUGUGACAGUCGAUGUCAUACUGGCCGAUUAUAUCCGGGCUAAAACAAACACCAAAAGCAAUACGCCAAACAAGGAGAGUGCCGUUCAAGAAGUCGUCGCAGGGCUAAGGGAGUAUUUUAACAUUAUGCUGGGUACUCAGCUUUUGUACAAAUUCGAGCGGCCGCAGUACGCAGACGUUCUCCAGGAGCAUAAAGACAAACAAGUUAGCAGUAUAUAUGGAUUUAUCCACCUAAUUAGAUUAUUUGUGAGACUGGGUCAGAUGUUAGCUUAUACACAGCUGGAUGCAAAAAGCGUGGCACUAUUGAACUUCCACUUGCAGGAUUUUCUCAGGUUCACAGUAAAGAACAUGGAAACGUAUUACACCAUCCAGGACUACGGCGUCGCCCCACCCGAGUAUCAUCGCAGGGCCUUGUAAUAGUGAAUGAUUGUAAUGGGGGCCAAACCUCCAUUACUGUCAAGUGAUGGAACAAUUGCCAUUAUUUCCUGGAAUAGUUUUUUGUUCCUGGUAAUUUUUCGUUUAAACCUGUUAAAGAAUAGGAUGUCUGAGUGAUUGUGAGCGAGUGAGUUUGUUCCAGGCGUCACGAGGCCGAGCGAUGUUGCUAUGUAGAUGCUCAAUGAAUGGUUAUAUUGCUCUGAAAUGUCAAGUCACUUUUGAAAACUUUGUCAACGACGAUUGGUUUCAUUGCUCUUGUCAAUGGUCUAACCACUAAAAUCUCAGGCAUUUGUAGUUUUUUUCAUUUAGUUCUUCCUUUAUUUUGUAAUAACAUCAAAAGGAGCAUUUGUUAUUUAUGUUGAAAAGGGCUUUUUAUUCAAGUAAAAAUGAUAAUACUACUUAUGACAUUUUUUUCAGUUGCUACCAAAUUAGCAGAUGAUGUAAAUUUGAAAGGACAUAUCUACUGUAUACUUGCUUUUCAUUAGAAGUUUUCAUACUUUUGUGUUAAGGUACAUUUUCUACUCUUAAAUGUGGAAAAAUUUCUAAUACUGAAAAUUGCUCUGUUGUAAAGGUAAUUUUAAAGCUGACCUACUGUUCAGUGCGACGUGGGUUCGUGUGCCGUAAGUUGGACGAAGUGUCGCGGUGGUGAUUCGACCUAUAGUACAACGGAGAGCUUUCAUCUUCUAAGCGAGCCUCCACAUAUUUAGAAAGAUGUGAGCAAAUGUCUCCGAAGGUUGUUUGAUUUUAUAAAUACAAUAUUUUCUUGGCCUGAGCCGUGAAGUGGAGCAAAGAUUAUUUUUCCAUGGAAUUUUCCCAUUAUUUUGUUUCAUUUCCCUGUGACUUUUCAGCUGUGAUAGUGUAUUAUAUUUUUUAAAUGUAAAUUUGAGGACUUUCAUGUCCCAGUUAGUGUUGUAUAUUGAAUCACUUUUGUAUUUAGGAGCUAUAGACACAUUAGCAAACACUCAAAUCUGCUACGGGACAAGUUGGGUCCUGUAGCCUUUCAUAAAAUCUUUUUAAGUUGAAGAAACUUUUAUUAAGUUCUGCACUGAUGUUUUUAAUUCCAUAUUUUUAAGUGUCUGUUAUCAGUGUUUGGAUUUAUUAUAAGUUGAAAAAAGCUCUUUAGGUUUUUAAAACUGUCUGGAGUUGAUACAGAUUCUUUUGUGUGACUUCUUGUACAUCAGUGGUACUCUUGACAUAGGGACCAGUUGCAUGUUAACGUGGUCAGAAAAUGGUAUCCCUUUGAAAUAAAGCAUUCAGGCAGCAUGUUUUUGUAAUAAUGGUAUGGAAUUUUCUUUGUAUGCAACUCACAACAGUUCUUUGUCUAUAGGGGAGUACAAACCAUUGCCUUUUAUGUCGAAGUGUUUCUCAGUGCAAGGUUGUUUAGUUGUUGAAACUUGGUGGUUAAAAAGGGUUAGUAUUCUCCCUUAUGCCGUCAAUGUGCAUUUUUCUUCUGUCACCAUUGAAGUAGUGUGGUUCUUCCUAGUUCAUUUUCAGCUAAAACUCGGGAAGUCACAGGCCAUGGAUCCAUUCUUGACAUUUCAGAGUAACUUUUUUGGUGGGUCUUCACCUGUAAGUUCACUUGACCACCAUUUAACUACCCAGUUACAAAGUUUCAACAACAGAUUCCAGUCUCGGCUGAAGAAUACUCCUAUAUAAAAUGUUCCUGGUUGUAAACCUAGAAUAAAUACAAAUUUAAAAAUUAUUAUUACAAACUUUUCCACAGGUUUCUUUCCCUCUUUUUCUAAAGACUAAUUUUGAUCCUAAGGAUUUCAAGCACUGAAAAUCUAGUGAAUCUGUCUGGUACAAAUUUCAGCUACAGUGUCUAAGAUGACAGCUGUGCUUAGCAGGUAAUAAAAAACACCUUUAAUAAUUUUUCACACAUUUGUAAAACAAUGAACUAGAAUACUUUAACAUUGCUUAUUUUCAUUAAAACAGUUUUGAGUAUGGGGUAUGAUAUUGAACAGUAAAUCGUGAUUGGAUUAAUAUGCAAACUAAUGCAUUUUGGAAAUGCGAAAUUUACAAAGGUUACCACAGAGGUCAGUAACUGAAGGAUUCCUUUUUUAUGUUACCCACUUUUACUGUUGGGAUAAAUUGCAUUUUUUUUAAGUUUUUCUAAAAUAAAAUUAAGGAAAAGCAUUUUUUUUUUUAGCCUUAUAAAACUACCUAAUUCCACAAAAGAUGUAAUGUAAAGAUAAAAUUUCUAAAAAAAGUAUUACAAUAUAUGUAUCUUUAUAUGAAAUUUUUUCAAUAAAAAAUGAUUGUAAAGUCACA